AGCCUCGCUGCCGGCCAUCGCCCCGCCGGACCGCGCCGCGGGCUCGCCCAGGCCGGAGAAGCAGCCUCGAGGCCGCAGAGUUUUAAGAGCAAGCCGGUGACAUCGUCCGGAGCGUGUGGGGUUUGCGGCCGGGGCAGCUCCUGCCAAGCCUCCAAGUGUUCCUGCCGCAGGAAAUGUGAAGCCAAGGUGGUGACCCCCUGCUGUGUGCACCUGCUCCAGGCCCCCCGGAACUCCACGCCGUCCGCUGCUCUCUCCGGUGACCAGCCAUUGCGGCCCGCGGCCCUGAGCCCCGCCAUGGAGGACGGGCAUGAGCUGGACCUCACCUACAUCACGGAGCGCAUCAUCGCCGUGUCUUUCCCCGCUGGUGGCUGCGAGGAGUCCUACCUGCGCCACCUGCAGGAGGUCACGCGGAUGCUCAAGUCCAAGCAUGGCGACAACUACCUGGUGUUAAACCUUUCGGAGAAGAGGUACGACCUUGCAAAGCUCAACCCAAAGAUCAUGGAUGUGGGAUGGCCGGAGCUGCACGCGCCGCCCCUGGACAAGAUGUGCACCAUCUGCAAAGCGCAGGAGUCCUGGCUCAACAGCGACCCCCAGCACGUGGUGGUCAUCCACUGCAGGGGUGGCACAGGUCGCAUAGGAGUGGUCAUCUCGUCCUACAUGCACUUCACCAACGUCUCGGCCAGUGCCGACCAGGCCCUCGACAGAUUUGCCAUGAAGAAGUUUUACGACGACAAAGUGGCAGCUUUGAUGCAGCCUUCCCAGAAGCGGUACGUGCAGUUUCUCAGCGGGCUGCUGUCCGGCGCCGUGAAGAUGAACGCCUCGCCCCUCUUCCUGCACUGCGUGGUCCUGCACGGCACCCCCAGCUUCGACGCGGGGGGAGCUUGCCGGCCCUUCCUGAAGCUCUACCAGGCCAUGCAGCCCGUGUACACCUCGGCCAUCUACAACGUGGGCGCAGAGAACCCCGGCAGGAUCUGUCUCGCGGUGGAGCCGGCGCAGCUGCUGAAGGGGGACAUCAUGGUGAAGUGCUACCACAAGAAGCAGCGCUCGGCCACGCGGGACGUCAUCUUCCGUGUGCAGUUCCACACGGGGGCCGUGCAGGGCUACCGGCUCCUGUUUGGGAAGGAGGAGCUGGACAACGCCUGCAGAGAUGACCGUUUCCCUGACUACGGGAAGGUGGAGUUGGUGUUCUCAGCAUCGCCUGAGAAAAUGCAAGGCGCUGAGCAUCUGCACAACGACCACGGAGUGACCGUGGACUACAACACCGCAGACCCGCUGAUCCGCUGGGACUCCUACGAGAACCUGAGUGCAGACGGAGAAGUGUUGCACACGCACGGCCCCGUGGAUGGCAGCCUCUAUGCCAAGGUGAGGAAGAAGAGCACCUCCGAUCCCGGCAUCCCCAGCGGCCCCCAGGCGGGACCAGCCGCCGGCAGCCCAGACCACGGCGAGCACACACUGUCGGUGAGCAGCGACUCGGGCCAUUCUACCUCCUCGGUGCGGACCGACAGGACGGAGGAGCGGCCGGCCCCGGGCGGCAGGAGGGGCCUGAGCCCCCAGGAGAAGGCGGAGUUGGACCAGCUUCUCCGCGGCUUCGGCCUGCAGGAGCCGGGGCCUGCCCUCAAAGACAUGGCCGACGCGCGCAGCCAGGGCAGCGGGACGCGGCUGGUGGUGCCGGCCCAGGUCCACGUGAACGGGGACGCCGCGCUGAAGGAGACCGACAUCCUGGACGACGAGAUGCCGCACCACGACCUGCACAGCGUGGACAGCCUGGGCACCCUGUCCUCCUCGGAGGGGCCGCCAGCCCCCCUGGGCCCUUUCCCCGGCCACAAAAGCAGCCAGAACUCCCUCCUGUCCGACAGCUUCGGCAGCCAUGUGGGCGAGGAGCCGCUGUGUGCGCUGGCCCCGGAGCUGGGCCUCGGCGUGGACGGCCUCUACGAGCGGGAGCGGACGUUCGGGGGCCGGGAGCCCAGGCAGCCACUGCCGCCUCUGUGGAAGCCCUCGGUGUCGGCGCAGGCACAGGCCUACGGACCUGACGGCUACUCCACGCAGACCUGGGUGCGCCAGCAGCAGAUGGUGGCCGCCCAUCACUAUGGCCUUGCGCCCGCCGGGGAGGCCAGGCUCGUGGGCCGCGGCACUGCAGACAGCCCCGGCCUUAUCCAGGCACAGCCCAGCGUCCAGGUCUCCCCCAGCCGCACGGCCAGCAGCCGCGUGACCGCCCAGAGGGGCACUGGCACUGGACUGUGUGCACGCGACUCCCAGCUGCCGACACCCAGGAGCACAGGGGACAGGGUCGUGAAUGGAGCUGGCCAGGGGCUGGGUGCAGGCCCCUCCCCAGGCUCCCCGACCCUGGACAUCGACCAGUCCAUUGAGCAGCUCAACAGGCUGAUCCUGGAGCUGGACCCCACCUUCGAGCCCAUCCCCACCCACAUGAACGCCCUGGGUGGCCCGGCCAGCGGCCCUGUGUACGUGGACAGCGUGGGAGGUGCGCUCCGGGCUGGCAGCAGGCUGCAAGGCUCCUCGGGUGACGAGCCCCUGGGCGGGAGACUGCGGAAGCUGAGCCUGGGCCAGUAUGACAACGAUGCCGGGGCACAGGUGCCCUUCUCCAGGUGUGGCCGGGGGAAACCAGCUGUGGACGCGGCCCCUGGCCUGGUGCCUUUCUCCUCUCCUGCAGACGUCAAAGAGACAGUGGUCACCGCGUACCCGCCAGACCUGGACGUGUGCGACGGCCGGGCGCCGAGUGGCAAGGAGCCUGUGUGUGCGAUUCCGGUGUUCCCCGUGUCUCCAGAAACCCCGUACGGGAAGACGCCCCUGCGCUGUCCCCCGUUCAGCCCACCCGAGGCCCUGCGGAGCAGCCCGGCCACGCCGCACCCAGGAGGGCAUGAGCCCCGAGGCUGCCCCGAGAGCCUUGGUCACGUCGUGGGGAUGUCAGAGAGCCCCCUGGGACCCGCCCCCGCCAUGCUGGGGGCCGACGCCCCCGCCACGCCCAGCUUCCAGCAGGCUUUCGCGUCUUCCUGCAAGAUCUCGAGCAAUGGCCCGGGCCCCAGGAGAGAGAGCCCGUCCUCCGCAGAGCACCCGUGGCUGGAGAGCAGUCGGCCCGCAGGAGGACCCCUCGGCGCCCGCGAGUUCUCUGGCCCGAGCCCGGACCCCCCGGGGCUGCCCUGCUUCCUGCCUUCGGAGCUCCAGGCCUCUUUCCACAGCCACGAGCUGCCCCUGGUGGAGCGCCCCCCGAGCGGCCAGGCCUUCCUAGGCUUCGGCACCAGCCCUGUGGGUGGCAGCCUUCCACCCCGGGAGGACCCGGGGGCCGUGCUGGGCAAUUGCCACACGGCGUCGCCGGUCCCUGGCACCCCGCUGACUGCAGCAGGCACUGCUGACCACGGCUUCCUGUCGCACAACUUCCUCACUGUGGCACCUGGCCACGGCCACCACAGCCCGGGUCUGCAGGGCCAGGGGCUGAGCCUGCCGGGGCAGCCGCCCCUCCCGGAGAAGAAGCGGGCCUCAGAGGGGGACCGCUCGCUGGGCUCCGUGUCCCCCUCAUCCAGUGGCUUCUCUAGCCCCCACAGCGGCAGCACCGUCAGCAUCCCCUUCCCCAGCAUCCUGCCGGACUUCAAGCCAUCAGACGCGGCCCCGCCCUUGCCAGACAGCCCAGGGGAUAAGCUUGUGAUCGUGAAAUUUGUCCAGGACACUUCCAAGUUCUGGUACAAGGCGGACAUCUCCAGAGAGCAAGCCAUCGCCAUGCUGAAGGACAAGGAGCCCGGAUCGUUCAUCGUGCGUGACAGCCACUCCUUCCGCGGUGCCUACGGCCUGGCCAUGAAGGUGGCCACGCCGCCUCCGUCCGUCUUGCAGAUGAACAAGAAAGGUGGAGACUUGGCCAACGAGCUCGUCCGGCACUUUCUGAUCGAGUGCACCCCCAAGGGGGUGCGGUUGAAAGGCUGCUCCAACGAGCCCUACUUCGGGAGCCUGACGGCCCUGGUGUGCCAGCACUCCAUCACGCCCUUGGCCUUGCCCUGCAAACUGCUCAUUCCCGAGAGAGAUCCAAUGGAGGAGAUCACGGAACAUUCUCCCCAGACGGCGGCCAACUCGGCGGCUGAGCUGCUGAAGCAGGGGGCAGCCUGCAACGUGUGGUACCUGAACUCCGUGGAGAUGGAGUCCCUCACGGGCCACCAGGCCGUGCAGAAGGCCCUGAAUCUCACCCUGCUGCAGGAGCCGCCGCCCGUGUCCACGGUCGUGCACUUCAAGGUGUCAGCCCAGGGCAUCACCCUGACGGACAACCAGCGGAAGCUCUUCUUCCGGCGCCACUACCCCGUGAACAGCGUCAUCUUCUGCGCCCUGGACCCGCAGGACCGGAAGUGGAUCAAGGACAGCCCCACCUCCUCCAAAGUCUUUGGAUUCGUGGCCCGGAAGCAGGGCAGCGCCACGGACAACGUGUGCCACCUGUUUGCAGAGCACGACCCCGAGCAGCCGGCCAGCGCCAUUGUCAACUUUGUGUCCAAGGUCAUGAUCGGCUCUCCAAAGAAGCCCUGAGUCCCUCAUAGCCCAGACCUGGGGGCAGCAGUGGGACGCGAGGCGUGGCCCCACUUUGUCCCGGACUGAUCAUCCUGACAUUCCAGCUCCGUGGACCCGAGCACAGACGUCCCCUAGAGCAGCCUUCCCCGAGUCUCCUCUCGGCCAAUACUUCCUGGCAAGCAAGUGCUUCUGGGUGGCCGGAGCCACUCAGCGUCCACGUGGAAGAAGGACUUGGGAGCAGACAGCACAGAGGCGUGGCAGCCCCGAGUUCCAGGCACCCAGGCCUGUGGGGCGAAGAGCAUGGCAGCCGCCCACGCGGUAGGUGCCGAGUGACCGCAAGGCCCGGCUUUGGGCAGGCACGCCCUCGUCCUGCAGCACCCGCGCCUCCAACUCCCUCGCCAUGAUCUGUGCCAGAAAUGCUUAUGCGACUGACCGGGGCACGCAGGUUUGAUGAAGGUUUGUGCAGGUCGCCCCUUCCGGGGCAUGGCGGGGACCCGCACGAGGGGACGGCGUCCUGGGCUGUGGGGCCCCUGGCGUCUGGAGGACAGUGUGGUGUCAGAGUCUGCCCCCGCCAUCCUGUGUGGGAGCCGGGCCAGAGAGUCCAGGGGGACCCGCACGAGGGAGGACAAGAAGAAGGAAAUGAGAUCGCCACUUCGGUAUAAUUUAUAUUCUGCUUAUGCCAAAUUAUUUAUGCUGACGGUUGCCAUGGCUAUGCUGUACCAGUGUCAAAUGCUGCAGCCCGCCCACUGUGACUAGAGGACGCGCCGUGUGCACCUGCUCCGCACGUGGGUGUACGGUGGACUCGGCCAGGCUGUAAAAUCCGCCUCACCAGCAAUGCCACCAGAACCUGGCUCUGCCUCCAGCCCCCACCCCGCCUCUACCGGCUGACUUCAUGGUGGGGGUGGGCCGUGGGGGCCGCCCCUGGGCCUCACUCAGCAUCACCUGAUGCACCCUUGGCCCCUGUCGGAUCUCGCGAGGCUGUUUCUCGUUGCGCCCGUGGCUUCCUGGCGGGUCCUAUGUGCUUCUGCCGAGAUUGAGGGAGGAGGAGGAGGAGGAGGGGGAGGAAGGGCAGGAACUGAGAGCGUACAGGCCGUCAGCAGAAGCGACCGAGCCAGUGCGUCACUUCCUGCCCAGACGUGUGACCCAGUGCCGGGCUUUUCUCGCCUCCCUCUGUGGUCCAAGGCUGGGGAAGAGCGAGAGGUGGAGCUGGGCCGUGGAAGCCACACCUAAGCCUCCCCCGCCCCGUGCCGACAGGCUCACCGCGCUGGGAACACGCAGGCCCCACCGUGCCCGGGACCGGGCGGUUUGGAAAUGGGCUUUGUGGAUUUCCUGCUUUGGCGUGAGGGGCAGGGGAAGAGGCAGGGAGGAGCAGAACUGGAUCCAACCCAGUCACGGUGGGUGUUGUCCGUGUGUGUGUGCACAUGUGUGUGCACAGUGUGCGAGAGGGCAGGUGGGCCGUUCUGCUUCGAUGCACCAAACGCAAGUGCCUCAUUUCUGUGCCAAAUGUUUGCCUUGGUCUUUGCGGACCUCCUUCCCCGACACGGCUGGCGAGGCCGUCCGAGUGCAGAGCCUCCGCAGGCCCUGGUGCCUUCGCAGCCGCGGCCGGCGUUUCCGUUUCGCCCUCUGCAGGCAUCCAGCCAAGGGGAGCCGAGGCCCGGGCAGCCCCCGGUGCCCCGCCUGAGCUGGUCAGUGUCCACAUUUGUUGCAGAGGCUGCAGGCCAGGCCCCUUCCGCCUGCCGAGAGCGGAGAGGGCAAGUCCCAGAUCCGAGCAGGACAGGUGUGGUGAGGAGCCCGCGGGCGUCCCUGCUGGUGGCGCCUCCGCCACGCCCUUGGGAGCGCAGGCUUCUACGCUGACGAGAGCUGUCAGUGUUCACAUCUGACGGCUCCCCCCUGCGGAGCACGCGGGAGCUUCCAGGGUUUCUGGGGGCUGGUACGCGUGUGUCUCGUGUGUACCGCCCAGAACAAGGCGAGGCCGCUCAUCGACUGCACCGUGUUCUCGGGGACACAGGAGAGGGACGUCCCCCAGCGUUGGCCUCUGCGGCUCCCGAUGGGCCGAGCGUGGGGUCCUGGGGAGGACCUGCGGUGGAUUCGCAGGGCUCGUGCCCGAUCCGCGGCGGCCAGGGGCCCGUGAGCCCACUCACUACAGUGUGUGCGCCUCCAGUGCUGCGCUGUCCCGCGGUGAAGUCACCCUGCACGUAUCCUCAGUGUCAGAGACCUCGUACGUCUCGUCCGCCUUACCCGCUCGCGCGUAUUUUUACCUUUCUGAUCCUGUAAAGAAUAUAUCCAGUAUGUAAAUGAAUGUGCUAUAACGCCGUUGUAUAGUCACCUCUGCGCCUUAAACACCAUCUCCAGGCAGAGUGGAAUAAACGAUGGACUUGGUA